UACAGCGUGGCUGUUAUGGAAAAGUUCAUUUCCUUCCUUCUUCCUCCUCAGACAGUGAAGACUUUCUGUUCAGAGCAGCCAGAGAGAGCAGGCUUUGUGUGCUGCGCCGUGUCGCCCCACGGGGAGUGGAUCUACUGUGUGGGGGAGGACAGCGUGCUGUACUGUUUUAACUACACGACGGGGAGGCUGGAGAAAACGCUGACUGUUCACGACAAGGAUGUAAUUGGCAUCGCUCACCACCCACAUGAGAACCUGAUUGCCACAUACAGCGAGGAUGGCCUGUUAAGGCUGUGGAAACCUUAAGCUGUCACCUUCAUCCUGCUGUGGAGGAGCUAGGCAGUUGUUUGCACAGUUCAAAAGCAUCCAGAUCAACUCAAAGGGAUAGUUCAGAAUUUUUUUUUUUAUGUUUUUUUAUGCUAUGUGAAUUUCUUUAAAAAUUCUACACCAAUAUCUAAUCUGCAGUUCAACAUCUUCAUACAGUAUGCAUAAUUUAUUGUAAGUCUAGAUUCAUCCCAAAGGAUGAAGCUAGCGGUAAUUAAGAGUGAAACCAAAGUGGACUUUGUCCUUCUUCAAAAUGUAUUGUGUUUACAGGAUGCUCACUUGACCUUCAAAAUCAGAAGAUGGAAAAAAGAAUUAGAAAAGCAACACUUGAGUACAAACAGAAGAUCUCUCUUUAACAUAAACUGUAGGUGUGUCUGGUGCACAUUUAGUUAAACUCUUUCUUCAUUUAGUGAAGUUACUCAUAGUGGGUAGUGUAGCCAGAAAUGUUACUCAAGUAAGUGUAGUGAUGCUUCAUGAUAAUAUUACUCAAGUAAAAUUAUUCCAGUAGCA